AUGGUAAGGUUUGAAAAAACUCGGGAGCAAUUGAUGGGCUGCGAAAGAGAUAUACUGGAUGAGGACUCAAUUAUUCAUGAAGCAUACGCAAAUGAGACAUUACGGGAGGAAGAUUAUCUACACCAUCCAGCACCUCUUGUUUCACUCCUCACCAUCGCUGCUAGUAUAAGUGGGUUCCUUUUUGGCUACAAUAUCGGCGUCAUUUCUUCCAUGCCUAUUUCCAUUCGAACUUUUCUCGGCUAUUCAUUGACAGUCUUAGACAAGAGUCAUACUACCUCGGUUUCAGCGUUUUUUGCCCUACUUGGUUCGCCCCUGGCAGGAUUUCUGGCGGACGUCUGGGGUCGGAAGAAAGUUGCUUUGCUGGCAAAUGUUGUUUUCGCUGUUGGUGCUCUCAUACAAGCAUCUUCUUUCACCAUUGUGGAAUUAAUCUUCGGUAGAGUAGUGGUAGGACUUGAAAUAGGUGCUGCUAGCUUUGUGGCACCUCUGUACAUUAACAAAAUAUCACCUGCACCAUUCAGAGGUAGACUUGUAAUUAUGAAUAUUCUCUUCAUCACCAUUGGCCAAGUAUUUGCAUAUAUAAUAGGCUAA